UCCGUGUUUCCAACUAUUUUCGAUACACGUCUCGGCUAACUUUAGCGUUUUCGUUAGUCCAGUCUUUGACUUUGAGUACUCAGUUUUCCACCACGCACUCUCUCACGCGUUCCAUUCUCACUUCCUAUGUGAAUUCCGCUGCACCAAUUUAAUUACUUCCGCCAUUGUCCUAGCAGUUCUAUCUGAAAUUCAAAUCCUGUUACUGUGUAUCAUGAUAGACUCACGUAAAAGUCCCAGCAUGGUUUCAUAGCGGUGAAAGAUGUGCGACGUGAAGGAAGAUCUCUUUGUGUGGUUGCCUAAGCCCUAACACCCGAGCACGAGCACUGUAAACGAUGGUUGACUACUACAAAAUACUAGAAGUGCAACGGACCGCCACGAGCGCGGACAUUAAAAAGGCAUAUAGAAAAUUGGCACUGAAAUGGCACCCGGACAAGAAUCCUGAAAACCUGGAAGAAGCAAACAAGAAAUUCAAAGAAAUAUCCGAGGCAUACGAAGUGUUAAUCGAUGAUGCGAAGAGACGAACCUACGACCAACGAUUGUAUCAGAAGGCAUCCUCAAGGCCCGGCCGUGGAUUCACCUACCGGAGUUACUUUGACUCUCCUUUCCAGCGAUAUUUCGAAAAGAAAAGAAGAGUUUACGACCAAUAUGGAAAGGAAGGAUUACAAAUGCCUGGUGGUAAGAGGCGAUACAAGGAUGACUUUGACGCACACUUUUCAACUACCUUCCUAUUCAGAGAUCCUGCGGAAGUAUUUAGAGAAUUCUUUGCUAGUACUGUUGAGGACAUACUCGGUGGAUCCACCAGGCAUAGUCAUCCAAGCAGUAACAGCAUAAGCACGUCCUUCUUUGGCCCAUUAGGAGUUACUCAUUUUGGUUUCUCACCACUGAACAAUUUCUAUGAAGGUACAUCAGGAAACUUCACUUCGAUCAAUGCGUUCGCGAGUUUCGGUGGAAGCAGCGGUGGUGGUGCUGUAAAACGGACAAGUACUUCAACCCGAUUCAUCAACGGAAAAAAGAUUACUACUCAAAAGAUUUACGAGAAUGGAAAGGAAAUAAUAAUGUCGUACGAGAACGAUGAGCUGAAGUCAAAGACGGUGAACGGCGUGCCACAAUCAAUAACGUUUGACGAGUCAUCGACGAGUCGCCAGCUGUCCGACAAUGCCAGCGAUAUCUCGAUGACUAGCCAGAACUCGAGAACAGUCCAUGGUGACCAUCAGAAGGCUAGCAGAAUAAAGACGCACCAUCAUCCACUUCUCACUAAGAAGCACGAUAAGAGUAAGAGAAAAUAGAGGCAACACUCUUGCAGCCUUCUCUCAUUCGUUUCUUUUUUUUGUCCGUAUUUUUUUCAUUUUGGUCUCCUCGUU